AAUGACGAUUUAAAUCCGGGUGAGAUAGAUUUGGUGCUCUUCGGAAUUUGAAACAGAAGCUCAGAGAGAGAUUUGCAUGUAGAAAACCGCACCUUAUCUUCUUUGUCGGCCAUAGCCAGUUUCAGUCGGAGACCAGAAUCAAAACCCUCUCCCUGGCGGCGGCGACACAAUUCUGUAGUGAAUCCAUUGGAUGUUUUAAUUUUUUCAGAUUACCAAUUUCUCUUCCCUUCUCGGCUAUGGCGAUUUCUGCGACAUCUCUGUCGCCCUUUACUACUCUCACUCCAAAAUCUUCCUCGUCACAUUCCCCAAUCUGUUGGAUCCCUCUUAAACCCAACAAUCCCAAGUCCUUGUCCGAACAGAGUUUCAGAAGACGGAUGUUCAUCAGCUGCUCUUCGUCUUUGUCCCCCGACGCUGGUUCUUCUCCCGAGGCCGUCAAUGGGAGGCAGUCGUCGUUUUCCUUUUGCGUGAACAUGAACGAAGCUGGUAUAUCGAAACCGUCAUUCAAAUGGAGAAGGGUGUUACUCAAAGUCAGUGGAGAAGCUCUUGCUGGAGACAAUGAGCAAAAUAUCGAUCCAAAGGUUACCAUGGCGAUCGCUAGGGAAGUUGCAGAAGUGACUCGGCUUGGGAUUGAGGUAGCAAUCGUGGUUGGAGGAGGAAACAUCUUCCGUGGAUCCUCUUGGGCUGGAAGCAGUGGCCUCGAUCGUUCAUCUGCUGAUUAUAUCGGGAUGCUGGCAACUGUGAUGAAUGCGAUCUUCCUUCAAGCUACAAUGGAGAGCAUCGGCAUUCCUACUCGUGUCCAAACUGCAUUUCGCAUGUCAGAAGUUGCAGAGCCUUACAUACGGAGACGGGCAGUUAGACAUUUGGAGAAAGGUAGGGUCGUCAUAUUUGCAGCCGGAACAGGGAAUCCGUUCUUCACCACUGAUACUGCAGCAGCCCUUCGCUGUGCUGAAAUUAAUGCUGAGGUUGUGCUGAAAGCAACAAAUGUUGAUGGAGUAUAUGAUGAUGAUCCUAGACGAAACCCGAAUGCCCGCCUUCUCGAUACUCUAACAUAUCAAGAAGUAACCUCGAAAGAUCUCUCGGUGAUGGACAUGACUGCUAUCACUUUGUGCCAGGAAAAUAACAUCCCAGUUGUGGUGUUCAAUCUAUCAAAGCAAGGUAACAUCUCGAAAGCAAUCAAGGGAGAGGGUGUUGGGACAUUGAUCGGAGGAACAUGGAACUCAACUGUCGCAGCCACUUAAACCCUCGGAGAGAGUUUACAGAGUUAGUUACUUUUGAUUAGUGUAGAUUCUAAAGACAUCAUUUUCCAACUACAGUUUCUACGUUAGUGAGGUUUUGUCCAAGUCCGCAACUCCACAAAUCCAUUGUUCAUACAAUUUUUAUCAUAUCAUGAUCCUAAUUGACUAUAGGGGUGAAUAUUUCAGAUUUUUAUAUGGAUUUUGGUUCGUCUUGGUUUUUUAA